AUGGACAAAGUACUCGCCAAACCCGCCGACUUGUGCUGCCUCAAGGGCGAGAUCCAUACGGGAGAGCCGACUGGUUCUGUAAAGCAGAUUGAUGGUAUCGAUACCUAUGUUGCCAAACCUCAGCCAGGUAAAGAGAAUGGACAUAUUCUACUGUUUUUUCCUGAUGCUUUCGGACUGCAUAUUAACUGCUUUCUCAUGAUGGAUGCUUUUGCCCAAUGCGGCUAUAUGACUCUUGGUGUAGACUAUUUCAUUGGUGAUCCCAUAUCGAAAUAUUCGUAUAAUCCCUUAAAUGACCCAAACUUUGACUUUGAGUCGUGGAAAGACAAGCAUCUACACGCUUCUGAAGAAGCUGCUGCCAGAUGGGUCAAGGCUGUCAAGGCCGAGUAUGCCACCAGCGACACUGUCAAGUUCGCAGCCGUUGGAUACUGCUGGGGUGCUCGAUUUGUCACUCAUCAAUUGUCGGCUGAGGGCAUUUGUCAAGUCGGUGCCAUCGCGCAUCCAUCCUUCCUCAAUGAGAACGAUGUGUUCGGGGUCAAGGAGCCCAUCUUCUUGUCCGUACCUGCUAAAGACAAGCUUUUUGAGGAUGAGCAGCGUACCCGAACAGUUGAGAUUCUGACCCAAGAAAGCGGACGAUUUAAUAUGCAGAUCUUUUCUAAUGUUGGCCAUGGGUUUGCGUCGCGAGGACGUCUGACUGAUCCAUAUGAGAGAUGGGCCAAGGAGCAACAUUUCAAGAGCUUUGUUGACUGGUUUGACUUUUGGCUUGGAAAUAAGUAA